AUGUGCUUCCAAGGGCACCGCCGAUAUUUGCCUAAGCAUCACCCUUAUAGGAAACAGAAGGCGGCCUUUAACGGACAGCAAGAGUUGGGGAAGCCACGUCAACAGCUUUGUGGAGAAGAAGUAUUAUUGCAGCAGGAGAGAAUUGAUUUUUGUUUCGGAAAAGAAUUGAAGAAGUCAAAGAAGGUUGAAUGCCCUUGGAAGAAAAAAUCUGUAUUUUUCGAGUUAGAAUAUUGGAAAUAUCAUCAUGUUCGCCACUGUCUCGAUAUUAUGCACAUUGAGAAAAAUGUGUGCGAUAAUCUUCUUGGGACUUUAUUAAAUAUGCGAAAGUCAAAAGAUAGUGAGGCGGCCCGGCGUGAUAUGGUUGAUAUGGGUGUUAGACAUGAUUUGGCUCCACAAGUAGGAGAAAAGAAAACGUAUCUGCCUCCCUCCCCUUUCACUUUGUCAAAGGCAGAAAAAAAAAAGGUCCUGAACUCAUUGUUGUGUAUGAAACUUCCAUCUGGACACGGAUCAAAUAUCAAAAAUUGUGUGUCCAUGUCGGAUUGUAAGAUAUACGGGCUUAAAUCACAUGAUUGCCACAUCCUCAUCCAACAACUUCUUCCUGUUGCAAUUCGUUCCGUACUUCCGAAAAAUGUUAGGGUCACAAUCAUACGACUGUGUUUCUUUUUCAACGCUUUGUGCAGCAAAGUGGUUGAUUUAUCAAAACUUGAUAAAUUGCAGUCAGAUGUGAUACUAACCUUGUGUGAUCUAGAAAAGAUAUUCCCUGCCUCAUUUUUUGAUGUAAUGGUACAUCUCGUAGUCCACUUGGUCCAAGAAUUGCGUUUAUGUGGACCUGUCUUCUAUCGAUGGAUGUAUGCAUUCGAACGAUUCAAUAAAGUGCUAAAGAGCUAUGUGCGAAACCGAUAUGCUCCGGAGGGUUGUAUGGCAGAAAGUUACUUUAAAGAAGAAUCGGUUGAAUUUUGCACCGAAUUUCUUAGGCAGCAGUACACAACUGCCGGUCUCCCAGUUGAGCAAGGCAAGCAAUCUGGUGCGUUAUCAGCGGCAAUUGUAAAGGUGGUAGAAGAAAAAGAGCGAGAUGAGGCGCAUCUACAUGUCCUACAAAACAAUGCCGAAGUAUACCCCUAUAUAAUAAUGCACAAGGAGUCUUUGGAAGAAUUGUACCGAGGGAAGAAGAAAAGUGUUCAUUGGCUCAUGGGAGAACACAAUCGGCUAUUUGCUGAUUGGUUUCAGAAAAAAGUCUGUAGUGAAAUGAGUGAGAACAGAGAUGGCGUUUCAGAGACGCUGAGAUGGCUCGCUGGAAAACCUUCUUUUUCUGUUUUAACCUAUCAGGGUUAUUCAGUGAAUGGAGUCCGAUACUUCACCAAGGACAGAGAUGAUGCACGAGUUGUUCAAAACAGCGGGGUCUCGGUAGUUGCUAAGGCAGUACAAGUGUGUAGUGCGAAGGACUUGAACCCCGUUGAGAGUGAUAUGACCUUUUAUGGCAUAAUCUUGGAAGUAUGGGAGUUGGAUUACCAUAAAUUUAAAGCCCCAUUAUUCUUAUGUAAAUGGGCAGAGAAUGAUAAAGGCAUAAAGAUUGAUGACCUAGGCUUCACACUUGUGGAUUUCAAUCGACAAGGCCAUAAGAAGGACAAGUACAUCUCUGUUGACCAAGUUCAUCAGGUUUUUUAUAUAGAAGAUCCAGUUGAUCCUGCUUGGUCAAUUGUACUAACUGCAACAACUCGAGACUAUCAAGAUCUUUAUAAUGACGAUGAUUUGGGUGACACCAUCAUGGAACAUCCCCCCUUCUGUUGUAACAUCCCUCCCUGUGAUGUGACUACUGACGAUGUUGCGCAUAGUGUUAGGCCUAAUGUUGAGGGAACUUGGGUUAAAAACUGA